AUGGGACGCCCACCGAAAAAGCGACCCCGUGAGGACAAUGAUGCGUCCGUAUAUGAAAUCGCAGACAAUGGGAUGUGGACUGAUAUAGACGAUGGUGGGAUCUUGACUGAGGAAGCCGGGGCCGAAGCUACAGCAGCAUCAGAGGCCCUGCGACUUUGUCCUCCAGUGUACACCACACCAAUGCGAAUGCCACAGGCCUUUCCUAAUCUAUUAUCUACUGACGAUAGUCACAAUCACCUAUGGGAGUUGGAAUCCGUUAGAUCGCUCGACCCUAUCCCUGCGACUACCGGUCCUUGGCCUGAUUUCUCCAGCGUAACGGCCGCAACUUCUGGUCCGUUCACAUUACCGUCGAGCUUGACGCUGAUCGAUUCUCCUAGCGUAUCAACCCCAAGCUCGGACGGUGGUAACAGUUCUCAGUGUACCUGCUUAUCAUACUUAUAUCUAUGUCUCAGUCAUCUUUCUUCCCUUGCUCCCUUUCCAAUAUCUCAACACACGUUGUGUUCGUUAUUUAUUGCUGCCAAAACAGCACGGGCUGUCAUCCGUUGUGAAGUCUGUCCCACGAGCUUUGCUUUGGGGAUGCAGAAUGUCAUGUUUACUGGAACCCUCUUGAACGUCAUUGCGGAUGCCUGGCUGCGAGUGUCGCAAGCUGACGCUGAACUACUCGGCAAGUUAGCAGCGCCGUCUGCUUAUGUGGCUUCAGUGACGCAGAACUCCCCGAACCCCCCAGAGGCUUGGAAGGAUUGGCUUCGACAAACUGUGAGAAGCGCUGUUACAGGCGGCCCGGCAGAUCCUGCUGGUCAGGUGAAUUGCUCGGAUUCGCCAACAUUACUUUCUCUCAUUGAGGAAAUGGAAGCCCGCCAGCACAGAUGGCAUCAUCGAUCUCGAACCGUGGAAUCCCCAAACGAACCCAGAUCUUGUUCACCUAUCCCCCAUGAGCACCAUCGUGAAGAGGAUAUGCUUUGUUUUCGUGUAAUCAGAAGCGCCAGAGAUGUUAUAGCCAAGUUUGAAUUUGCACCGCACGAGUACCCGGAGGGUGCUGUUUCGGUAUGA